UUUGUUCCAGAUGUAAGGCAUGUUGUGUUCGUGAUUUCUAGUCAAGAAAAUGAUUUUAAUAUGAAGUUAGCUGAACAUUUGAAGAACGAUAUAAUUUUCCAGUCUGGAAUUGUAUUCAACGAACGUCCCGUUGUCCACAUAGCUCAACAAGAUUUUCCACAUUUCGCCGGUUGGGCCAUCAUACCAAUAGUAUCAGAUAUCUUGAAGGUGCACAAACACAAUGCAUCAUGGAUAUUUUUUCUUCAGGAUUAUACGUCGUUGCGAGUCCAUAAAGUAAUAGAGAUAUUGGAUAAGUACAACCAUUGUGAGGUAUCACAAAUUUCAGCUUCUGAGGGUUGCCUUUUGAUCGUCAAACAGUUGAAGGAAAAUGAUAUCUUCAUCUCCAACUUCAGCAUAGAUGUUGCGUACGAAUUAGCGAAAUAUAUAUUCAACUAUGGAUGCAAAGCUGCGCUUGUAAAGCAUGAACCCAGCCUUUGUUCCAGUUAUUCUCCUUAUUGCGCUAGUUUUCCAAGUCGUUUACUUGCCUGUGAUAAAAUGGUGCCAAGAAACAAUAUUUUUUUUGCUGUCAAAACAUGUGAGCAAUUUCAUCACGAUCGAGUUCCUAUUGUACAAAAGACUUGGGGCAAACAUGUGCCUUUGAUCAAAUUUUUCAGUGACAAAGAAGAUUCCUCAAUUCCCACCAUCGAUGCGGGCGAUUCAGGUGCCAAAUCCGGUUAUUGUCUUAAAACUAUCGCCAUUAUGAAAUAUAUCGCCAAUAUAAUUGAGAAAAAUGAUACAGAUAUAAAAUGGAUUGUCAUUGCAGAUGAUGAUACAAUAUUGGGUAUCAAUGCUCUUCAAAAAGUGUUGUCAUGUUACGACUACAACAAGAAAAUGGCAAUAGGGGAAAGAUACGGAUACGAGAUGCGUGAACCUUUUGGAUACAAUUAUAUCACUGGUGGAGCCGGUAUGGUAUUCAGCAAACCGCUUCUACUCGAAAUUAUCAAAAAUUGUCGUUGUCCAUCUGAAAACAGUCCAGACGACAUGUAUUUAGGAUACUGCAUCUCAAAGAUGGGAGUGCAAGUUACCCACGUUCCUGGGUUUCAUCAGGCCAGACCAAACGAUUAUCCCGCCGCUUAUUUGGACACCCACGAUGCUGUUUCCUUCCAUAAACAUUGGAUGAUCGACCCAAUUAAGGUUUACCAGGAAUGGUUUGAAAAAAGUGAUAAUACUGAAAAUUAUUUAUUAGAAUCAAAAACUGUUAAUAAAGAGGAACUUUAAGAGAUGUUAAUUUUAAUACAAUCUAUUUUUAACGA